UAUUGGGUGAGGUUCAUGAAGAAGAUGUUUAGUUUGUGUCUGUUGAAUCAGUAUCAUAUCCAUCGGACUCCGAUGAAUCGACUCGAUGUGGUUGUUGUACAGCCCUCGCGAUAUUGAUACGGUUCGCCGUACGUGGCACCCUUGACUUGAAAAAUUGUUCAAACCCUGGAGGAGGUGCUAUACUUGAGAUAACACCUUAUCGCGAGACCAGUGUAAAAUGAUUAAAUAUUCUCAACUUGGAUGUUAUCGUUACACAAGCUAUUGAAAACUAAUAUGUUUAUAUGCAAUGGGAAAUUGUUGUUCAAAACCGCCAGAAAGUAUACACAAAAAUAAAACAUAUUUGUCUAGAUACAAGAUUAAAUUAAAUAAAACAGCAUCCACAAAAAUUGAACACGAGGAAUGGUACCACGGAAAUAUAUCCAGAAAAACCGCCUUAAAUCUACUGAAAAACGAGGAAAUUGGUACGUUUCUAGUACGAAAAUCAAAAGGGGCGUAUAUUAUUACGUUCAAGGAGCCAGACGUGUGUUUUAAAACCAUCGGGGAGGUUGUGGAACAUUACAAGGACAAAAUUGGCUUGGAGCAUCCGUACUUAAAUUCAAACGAUUCACAGAGCAUGGCUUCGUUACAUUAUCUGGACGACGAAGGCAAAAUGCACGUCAUAAAGAGGAAAUUUGAUGUUAAUGACGCUCAUUUAGGACAUGUUGAAUUGAAUUAUACUAAAAAUGCUUAAUAUACCGUGUAUAUUAUCAAAUAAAUAUUUUAGUCUAGA